AUGGAUACUUCAACAAAGAAAAGCACUUCUACUUUCCGCUUCAAGAGUCCCGACAUCAGUUCAUUAAAAGUCUUCUAUUUAAAGGUCGUAGCUCUCAAAGACAACAUGUUUAGAGCCAAUUUUGGGAACAUCGUAGAUCUUCUAACCGAGAAGGUUGGCUAUGGUGUUAUCACUAUAAUGUCUCAAUACUAUGACGUCCCUUUAAGAUGCUUCACUUUCCCCGACUUCCAAAUCUCUCCAACCUUGGAAGACCUCGAGAGACUUCUCAAUCGACCAAUCAAAGAAUACAACCCUUUCCCAAAGUUGGAAGAAGGCUUUUGUUUGACCGAGCUCUCACUCAACUUGGGUAUCAACGCCAACAAGCUAGUGGAUAAUUGGGGCGUUAAAGGAUCCAUCAAAGGUUUAACUCAAAAGUUCCUAGAAGCCCAUGCUUGGGAAAUGAUUAAAAAAGGAAGACCCGACUUUUGUAGUGCAACUUUGGAACUUUUGAUUCAUGGAAUUGUCCUCUUCCCAAAUAUGGAAAAGUUCGUGGAUCAGUUAGCAAUUGAAGUCUUUUUAACAAAGAAUCUGGUGCCUUUUUUACUUGCCGAUUUCUACCAUACCUUACAUACAAGGAAUGAGAAGAAGGGAGGUACUUUCCUUUGUUGCGCUCCUAUGCUACAUCUUUGGAUGAGGGCCCGCAUGCCUCAAAGUGGAUCCUUCAUCGAAAACAAACUGAUAUGGCCACAAAUAUUCACAUCUCUCUCUGCCAACUCAAUUCUAUGGUACAAGAGGGAAUGGGAUACAAAGGAUGUCAUCGCAAGAUGUGGAGAGUUCUCUAACGUACCCUUAAUAGGAACGCAAGGUUGCAUCAACUACAACCCUGCUAUACUCAAGAGACAACUAGGGUACGCCAUGAUGAAUCCCCCCGAGGAAAGAGAUUUCAUUCCAUUUGUCAUAAAUACCGUGGAUCCACUUGAUUCAAAUGUGAAAUGA